AUGGCACCGAGAAGAACACCACUGCAUUCAGAUUCAUUAAGCCUUUCUCGUUGCAAGAGGGCCGUCCGACCGUUUAUAUCUAAAGUUCACAGUCUCUAUGAUUUGAACCAGAAGUACUCCUCAUUGUUAGUUCAUAAUUUUCCCUUGAAGGAAGCCCUUUCUUGUUUCCGACCGGACUCAACAGCAUAUUCAGAGAACGAGCAAUCAAGAAAAGCAUACAAUGAAAUCAAAGGUGAUAAACGACGAAAGAAGGCUGAUUACAUUGUUCCCAAGAGCAAUAUUGGCAUAGACAGUGAUAACUUAGACUACAGCUAUGAAGAAACUGAUAGCGAAGAGAGGGCCUCGGUUUCACCUAUAAUGCAAUCAACGUUGCUUUCAAGACAGGUUGACGCUUUUGUCUCUCCAAAGGAUUCAUUUGCAAGACUUCUCUCAAUGAAACCAUUUAUAACCGUUGAACUAUAUGAUUCGUAUGUUGAGGUGUUCCAGAUAUUUCGGAACAUAGUAACAUCCUUCAUUCUGAGUAACCAUCCUUUGGAUCAAAACUCAUCCAAAAUUCCGAGACUAUCAACCUUAUCUUCGUUAAAGAUUGGGAAAAUGAUAGCACUUUCAACAAAAUCCUCUUUCUAUAAACUCAAUCAAGCAUUACUAUUUGAUCCAAAUACAUUACCAAUCUAUUUGAAAGAAGUCCACAACAAUUUGAAUGAUGACAUUGACUAUUGGUUUGAAGUUGAGCCCACUAUAGUGAUUGAAUCCUACAGGCUAGAAUUCAUUCUCGGCUACUUCGUUCACUUGGUAGUUUUCUAUCUGAAACUGGUAUUGUAUUGUUUGAUGCCUGUCCUUAUUCACUGGCUCUUUGAACAAGCGCAAACUGAUGGGCCAAAUAGCCAAGUACUCUUCACCAUAAUGAACACAAUGUUUUCUGAAUAUUGGUCCAUUACGUCUCAAGAUCACAGCGACAUCGACUGUGACACUACUGUACUAUUAAAUGGAAAUGAUUUCAGGCGAACUAAUACCAGGUCAUUUUGGAUUCUAUUCAAGAUUGGGUAUUGGAGCAAGUUUGUUCAUGCAUUAGGCUUACAAUCUAACUUCUCUUCCUCCUGUAAUUCUUCUUUAAUAUUAGAAACCAUGCCUGUCGAUGAUAAGAUCAAUUUGGAAGUGAUAAACGAAAUAGACUCCGACCUUUCAGAGCGAGAGACAUUAAUUCACGAUAUUUAUGGAGUUAUCAAGGCAAAUCCUCAACAUCCAAUUCUAAAUUCGGUAUUGGUAAAAUUGUUUACAGAGUUACUCAGUGAAACACGAUCGCGGGUCGGUAGAUGUACGAAUAUUGAAGAUAUUGAAGAAUCCUUGAGUGAUUCAUAUCUUCAGUUGAAUGACUUUCUUAACAUCUGGUUAGGACUUUCUAAUGAAUCGUCAUUGAUAUUUAACUCGUUGUAUCCAGGUAACGAACUCAUAUUCGAAGCAACUUCUAUGCUCUUGAGUUUCAUUAAGUCUAAAGCGACUAGAACACAUAACCGGCUCGUUAGGUUAAUAGAUGGGCCCUAUAGUGUUGAUGCAGAAAAAGUCAAUCAAUUGGUAACAGAUAUAAAUACUAUUUGCAAGAACAGUGAUAUGUUGAUGAAGUGUGUUGACAUUCUUCGAGGUUAUUUUCUUGAUAAUGGCAAGUUUACACCUUAUUUUCCAUAUAGUGAGAAUGAAAUUAGCAGAACUAUCUUGCAAAUACUUUUGUGUGAAAGUUGUUAUGCAUCGAAUAGAGAACUUAAUGACUUCUUGUUGUGGUUGUAUGAAAGGGGAGAAUUAGCUCUGCUUGAAUUAGCACAAUCUAUUUUCAAGCGUGCUUACGACGACCACGACGAAUUUGAUGAUGAUGACAUCGAGGAAAUUGGUUGUUUACUCUUUCCUUAA